UCAGGACAGAAAGGACAAGGGGGGUGGUAAGGGAAGGAGACCUGUUGCCUUGCAAGUAUGCAUCUAGCUGGAGAAACAAGAGAGGAAGGCACCUGAUGCUGCUUGUGGGCUCUUCCCCCCACAGUGGGGGAGGCUCAAGAAGGAUGUGCCACAGAUGCCAGGACAUCGGGCAGCAGGCAGCUCUGCCAGAGGGGCCUAGGAAGCCUUUACUCUAGCUUCCACCUGGGGAGCUGUUUUAGCUCAACCUUGUUGCAUGAGGGACAGGAAAGUGCAAACUCGUGGAUUUGGAAGCCCUGGCUCAUUCUAAGAACCCUAAGGAGUUCUGCAUGGUUUAAGGCUGCUGAUGUAUGCCGGGAACUAGACAUGGGGUAGAAGGGCGGGGGCCACAUCGUGACAGCCGUGAAGACUGCAUUGAAGAGCUGGGACCCAUCAGAGGGCUCCAGAAAGCACAGGAAGGUCUUAAGCGAGAAAGCUAUGUGGCUUGACCUGUGUGUGCCUGAGGAAGAGUACCUGGGCAGAGAUGGGGCAGAGAAGCGGUCAGGAAGCCCGUGCAUUCAUCCAGCCAAAACAUCUCAAGGGGACCUCCCUGUGACUGCCGCAGGACCCAACUUCAGCCCUUUCUGGAACGCCCCAUGCCUUCACCAUAGCCUGCGUCCUCAGUGCUGGGAACCGCUCUCCUCCGUCCUUCAGACCCCCAGUCGGACGGCCCCUCCUCCUAGAAGCCUGCCCUGCCCGCCUGGCCCAGCGCAGUGACGCUGCCUUCGCGGUAGGGACUGCGUGCAGCGCCCCCGUGUGGCAGAGGGCCGCAGCGGCGGCCGCGGCAGCCAAGAUGGUGGAGUACCGGGCACCGCCCCUUCCGCCCAAGCGGGCGUCACACGAGGCUGGCUUAAAGGGGAAGUGAGUCAGUGUCCGCCGACCUGGCCGGCCGAGGCCCCAAGAGGCCCCGGCCCGGUGGCGCCUUCGGCGGCCAUGGCUGGGGGCCCGGGCCCUGGGGACCCCGCGGCCCCCGGCGCCCAACACUUCUUGUAUGAGGUGCCACCCUGGGUCAUGUGCCGCUUCUACAAAGUGAUGGACGCCCUGGAGCCCAGCGACUGGUGCCAGUUUGCCGCCCUUAUUGUGCGUGACCAGACUGAGCUGCGGCUGUGUGAACGCUCCGGGCAGCGCACCGCCAGCGUCCUGUGGCCCUGGAUCAACAGAAAUGCCCGCGUGGCCGACCUCGUGCACAUCCUCACGCACCUGCAGCUGCUCCGCGCCAGGGACAUCAUCUUGGCCUGGCAACCUCCCGUCCCCCUCCCACCCUCCAGCACCACCAACCCGAGAACCAGCGGCAUCUCUGAACUCCCUGAAGCCAAGGCCCCUAGCCCCCGGAAGUCUCCGUCACCAGCUUCUACCCUCCUUUCUCCAGGUGUUCCCGGCUCCCAGACCCAUUCUGGGCCUGAGUACAGCCCUGUCCCAAGCCCUGCUGCCCUACAGCCACCACCACCAUCUCUAGCCUUUCCUUCUACCAAGCAGAGCCUAGAGAAUCCGGUGUCCUUUCUACAAGGGACCCACCCCUCUCCAUUCUGCUGGCCCCUCCAUGAGAUUUCCCAGGGCACCCACAACUUCUCAGAAGAGUUGAAGAUCGGGGAGGGCGGCUUUGGAUGUGUGUACCGGGCUGUACUGAGAAACACGGUGUAUGCUGUGAAGAAACUGAAGGAGGAGGCAGACCUGGAGUGGACCACUGUGAAGCAGAGCUUCCUGACUGAAGUGGAGCAGCUGUCACGGUUUCGUCACCCAAACAUCGUGGACUUUGCUGGCUACUGUGCUCAGAGUGGCUACUACUGCCUUGUGUACGGCUUCCUGCCCAACGGCUCCCUGGAAGACCGCCUCCACUUCCAGACCCAGGCCUGUUCUCUCGCCUGGCCUCAACGCCUGGACAUCCUUUUGGGCACAGCUCGAGCAAUUCAGUUUUUACAUCAGGACAGCCCCAGCCUCAUCCAUGGAGAUGUCAAGAGUUCCAACGUCCUUCUGGAUGAUAGACUGAUGCCCAAACUAGGAGACUUUGGCCUGGCCCGUCUCAGCCGUUUUGCAGCAGCCAACCCUGGUCAAAGCAGCACCGUGGCCCGGACUCGGACGGUGCGCGGCACCCUGGCCUACCUGCCCGAAGAGUACAUCAAGACUGGGAGGCUGGCCGUGGACACAGAUACCUUCAGCUUUGGUGUGGUAAUUCUGGAGACCCUGACUGGCCAGAGGGCUGUGAGGACGCAUGGUGACAAGACCAAGUAUCUGAAAGACCUGGUUGAAGAAGAAGCUGAGGAGGCCGGGGUGUCCCUGAAAAGCACCCAGACCACGCUCCAGGAGGGCCUGGCCGCAGAUGCCUGGGCUGCCCCAAUUGCCACCCAGAUCUACAGGAAGCGCCUGGACCCCAGGCCUGGGCUGUGCCCACCUGAGCUAGGCCUGGCCCUGGGCCAGCUGGCUUGCUGCUGCCUGCACCGUCGGGCUAAGAGGAGGCCCCCCAUGACCCAGGAUCACUCCUGGGCAGCUCUACAUCAUCACGGCCACCACAGAUUGUCAUCAACCCGGCCCGACAGAAGAUGGUGCAGAAGCUGGCCUUGUACGAGGAUGGGGUCCUGGACAGCCUGCAGCUGCUGUCGUCAAGCUCCCUCCCAGGCCUGGAACACCAACACACGCGGGGCCCGGAAGAGAGUGAUGAAUUUCAGAGCUGAUCUGUUCACCUGGGCAGAUCCCCCAAACCCGGAAGUCAAAGUUCUCAUGGUCAGAAGUUCUCAUAGCACACAAACCCUCAGGAGCCCAUGGGCAGUAGGGGCGGGAGCCCCAGCCCCACAGGAGAGACUAGCCCCUGUACUAUACGGGAAUGGGCACAGGCCGGGCUCAGUGCCCCCCAGGGCAGCUGCUGGAAACUGUCAGUAGGGCAGGACAUCUCACAGGCCUUGCCUUCAGUCCAGCAUUUGGGAGAGAGGAAAGCCGAUAUCGGCAGGGGAGUGUCGGGGAGGAAUGCAUGUCUGAAGGCUGCUGGCUGCACAGGCCGGAGAGGAGAGGUGAAGGGGACCAUUGGUACAAUGGGAUAUAGCGAGGAGCUGGUACCCCAAGAGCUAGGCAAGGCAUUUGCAGCCCAGGCCUACCGCAGCUGCCCUUAACCUUUCUUUUUGAAUUUUGCUCAAGCCCUAGGGGAAAGCGGGCACUCUGUAGAAUAGAGCAGAUGAGGCCCAGGGUCCUCCCAGCCGCUUGUAAUGUGGACAAGAGAGUUGCGGCCAUCCUAUGGCUCAGUCCACUAGCAGAAGUGAGAGUCCUGAGAUACCUCAGAGAGUUCCAGCAGUGCCCCCCUGCAUCAGGCCAGUGUCAGUAGGCCUCAUUGGGCAGCUGGAAGCUAGCCUAACAUGAUUGCCUGCUGGCCGGGCCACCCCUGGGUGCUACAGACAGCUACCAAACCAAGCCAGGCUCGGCAUCAGGCCCAGGCACUGAUUGUGACAGAAGGGCCACUUCCCAAGGUUGGCCUAAGCCUGAGUCCUGUGUUACCCAGACAGUGAGAAGCCCCAAGGCAAGAAGUCGGGAGCAAGGCAAAGAAGAAGGAAAAGGAAAUUGAGACACCGUUUUAGAAACAAGGGAGGUUUCACGUAACGGUGUCUUCAAAAGUCAGCCCAGGCCUGCAGCAUAGGCUUACAGUGACUUGUGUCCACGAUCGGGAAUCACACUACGUGCCUCACAAAGAAAGGCAUUGGUGAAGUCCAAGUUGUACUGGAGUAAUAAAAGCUUAUGUUUCAA